AUGGUUCAACCAAUAAUUCAGGCUGGAAAUCUUCCCGGAUUGAAUUUGGUUGGUAUGGCUGUUGGAAAUGGAGAGCUGUCAGCAAUUCAGCAGUUGAAUUCAAUCAUUCAUAUGGCUUACUUCCAUGGGCUUUAUGGAAAACAGGAAUGGGAUUCUCUUCAAAAAUGUUGUCCUAAGACUGGCUCUUCAACAUGGUUUGAAUAUUGCGAUUUUUCUCAAUUCAUCACAUUCGACAGUGCAGGAAAUGCUCAAGCGAAAGUAGGCUCAGGAGAUUGUGGAACAAUUGUCGCACAAAUGGGACAAACGGAUAUUUGGAAUUCAAUAAAUGACGUCUAUAACAUCUAUCAGGAUUGCUAUCAACAAAGUAGUAAAGUAUUCGGCUCAAGGAUAAAAUCCCAUCAGAGACAAGGAAUAAUAGAAUACUUUGUUGAUCAAGGACAACAAGUUUCUACGUAUUCAACGGAUAGUCAAGGUGGAUUCCAAUGUUAUGCUUCGGAUGCUGCUGCUCAAUAUUUAAAUCAACAGGAUGUUCGCAAUGCACUUCACAUUGUAAGUACAGCUGGUAAUUGGUCGUCAUGCAAUGAUGACAUGAAUGCAAAUUAUAUCCAACAACACAACGAUACAGGAAAAGUAUUCGACGAUAUAAUGCGAUCUGGAUAUCCGCUAAGAAUGCUUAUUUAUAACGGUGAUGUGGAUCAGGCAUGUAAUUUCCUUGGUGAUCAAUGGUUUAUUGAAGCUGUUGCGGCUAGAUGGAAUAUGACCGUAUCGAAAGUAUUCAAGAGUUGGUGGUAUCGUACUCAAAUAGCCGGUUAUACAAAACAAUUCACUUACCAAUCAUCUUCGAUCGAUCUUCUUACUGUAAAGGGAGCUGGACAUCUUGUCCCAUCGGAUCGUCCCGGUCCAGCACUUCAAAUGUUUAUGAAUUUCCUACGUGGAAAUGAUUAUAACGCAGCGGUACCAUUCAGUGAUCAACUACAUCCGUUAAAGCAAGAGUAUAAAGUCCAGGAAACGUUAACUGGCGAGAGGACUGGUGUACCCGUUUCUGGACCAACUACAGCUCGUGCGCUAAAACUUAAAUCCAGAAGAAUAAGCAAAAACAAAUCCGUUACGCCACGAGUACGUUCGGAAUCUGUAUCAGUGUCACCACCAAAAAUUGGAACAAAGCAGGAUGACCUUGUCACGGAUUUGCCUGGUCUCACCUGGAAACCGAACUUCAACCAUUAUUCUGGCUAUCUGACUGCAAGUCCGGGAAAUUAUCUACAUUACUGGCUAACUGAAUCCCAAAAAUCACCAGAAACUGCUCCUCUGAUUCUUUGGCUCAACGGCGGUCCUGGAUGUUCAUCUCUGGGUGGUCUCUUUGAAGAACUCGGCCCUUUCCAUGUGAAUCCUGAUGGCACAACACUUUUUGAAAAUGUAUUCUCAUGGAAUAAAGUCGGUAAUGUUUUAUUCUUGGAAUCUCCACGAGAUGUUGGAUUUUCGUAUCGUGCCAGUAAUGUGACAGAUACUCUCUACAACGAUGAUUACACCGCUAGUGAUAAUGUGCUUGCACUGGCUUCGUUUUUCGCAAAAUUCCCUGAAUACAAGAAACGCCCGUUCUUUAUCACUGGAGAAUCCUAUGGAGGAGUGUAUGUACCAACUCUAACUUCCUUGUUGAUUAAGAAAAUUCAGUCUACCGGCGCCGAUUCGAUGUCAUACGUGAAUUUGAUCGGAGUAGCUAUUGGAAAUGGUGAAAUGAGUGCAAUACAACAAAUCAACUCUGCUGUUUCACUGUUAUACUUUAGAGGAGAACAUGGAAAAAGCGAUUAUGAUGCUCUGUCCAAGUGUUGUAAUUCUUCUUCACCUCAAACAUAUUGCGAUUUUGUCUCCUACAUCACAAUUGACGCAGCCGGUAACGUUUCACCAAGGGUCAAUGAUAAUUCUACUGCUGGACAAUGUGGUAGACUUGUAGUUCAGCAAGGUUUCAAUGAUGUAUGGGAAACAGCAAACGACGUCUACAACACAUUCCAAGAUUGUUACUCGACAAUGUCUGUGGAUUCAAAAUCGCGACAAAAAAGAAGCGUCGACAUGCCACCGCUAAUGAACACUAAACCGUUUGUGGAUCAGGCUAAGAAAAUCAACUACAAAUCCACGGAUUCUAAUGGCGGUUUUUCAUGUUUUAGUGGAGAUGUGGCAGAAGCAUACCUUAAUUUACCAGCUGUACGUUCUGCUAUUCAUAUUCCUGGAGAUCUACUACACUGGACAGAUUGCAAUGACAACAUGAAUGAUAACUAUAUUCAACAACAUAACGAUACCACUGAUGUAUUUGUUGAUAUUUUAAAUAGCGGAUAUCCUCUACGUUUCCUUAUCUACAACGGUGAUGUGGAUAUGGCUUGUCAAUUCCUGGGAGAUGAAUGGUUUAUUGAAAAAUUGGCUGUUGACAAUGGUAUGACAUCAAAUACUAGAGCACCAUGGAAUUACACACAAGGAAGUUUCAUGCCAAGGAUUGGAGGCUACGUGAAGUCGUUCCAGUAUAAGAAUCGAGUCUCGUUUGAUCUACUUACUGUUAAGGGAGCAGGUCACUUCGUCCCAACGGAUCGACCAGGACCCGCACUUCAGAUGAUUUACAACUUUGUAAACAAACUCGACUACAACACAAAUCUAACUCUCAGUCUGGAUCGUCAACCGUUACUGUCUAAUUACCAGCCUACAGUUCCUACAGUUUCCCGGAUGAGAGUAGACAAGGUCGAUGAUUUACCUGGACUUACCUUUAUGCCGAACUUCAAUCAACAUUCUGGAUAUCUUCGUGCUAGCGCUGGCAAUUACCUUCAUUACUGGUUCGUAGAAUCGCAGAACAAUCCACGUACGGAUCCAUUGGUUCUAUGGCUGACUGGUGGUCCUGGUUGUUCUUCACUUGGAGCACUUCUCACUGAAAAUGGUCCAUUCCAUCCUAAUCCUGAUGGAUCCACUUUGUUCGAAAAUGUCUAUUCAUGGAAUAAAGCCAAUGAGAUUAACCUCAACCUUGUUGGAAUGUCUAUCGGAAAUGGAAUGAUCAGCACAAUCCAAGAUAUCCGCUCUCUUCCCGAUUUCAUGUAUUUCCAUGGAAUAUACGGUAAAACUGACUGGGAUCAACUUCAUAAAUGUUGUCCGGCUUCAAACGGAAACGCUUCCGCAAAUUAUUGUAAUUACGAUUACUUCGUUACGGUAGAUCAGCAAGGAAACGUUAAUCCCAAAAAAUUCACGGAUCCCACCGAUCAAAACUGUGCACAAAUGGUUGUUAAUCUAGCGUUUACUAGAGUUUGGAAUACAGAGAACUUCAUAUACAACCUAUAUCAAGACUGUUACACUCAAACUACUGCAAUGUUUGGAUCAGCCUCUGAAUCAAAAUCCAGAGUUCAUUAUGAUGGACCAGCUCGAUUCACCCACAGCUUUGCUGCACAAAUGUCUGGUAUCGUACCAUCAGCCUCAACUCUUGAUCCACUAUCGACGGAUAAUUUUGGUGGAUUCCAAUGUUAUAUGGUUGACGGAGCGUCGAGUUAUUUAUCUCAAUCGCAUGUUAGACAAGCGCUACAUGUUCCAGACUUUGUACAAUCCUGGAAUUUCUGCAGUGACAUUGUCGGAAACAACUAUAUUCUUCAGUACAACGAUACGACACCAGUUUUUCAGGAUAUACUCAACAGUGGAUACAAUUUGAGAGUUCUUGUCUACAAUGGUGAUGCUGACACUGCUUGCAGUAUGUUUGAAGCUGAAUGGAUGAUCGAAUCAUUCGCUAGGGAAAAUAACAUGGUGAUACCUAGUCAAAGAGGUCCAUGGAUGUAUGCUCAACAAAUUGCCGGAUAUACAAAGCGUUUCCAGAAAAACAGUCUCACUCUUGAUUUGCUUACUGUAAAGGGUGCUGGACAUUUUGUACCAACGGAUAGACCCGGACCAGCUCUUCAAAUGAUUUCAAACUUUUUCGCUGGUCACAGUAACUACAAUAACCCGGUGCCGUUUGACCUCACACGUCAGCCACUUUUGCCGCAAUAUACGGAAAAUGGAAAUGGACCUAUCAGUGGAAAUUCAACCACUUCACCGGCGUCGAAAACAACAACAACAACAACAACAAAACCACCAGUAACAUCAAAUGUGACAAUAACAACAACAACAAAACCACCAGUAACAUCAAAUGUGACAAUAACAACUUCUGCUAUUACUGGUAAUACAACAAGUGUUAGCAUGGAGAACCAAAAGACGAUGCGAAUUCGGUUACUAUUAGCCGUUUUGACUGGAUUCGUGGAGUCACAAAAUCUGGCCAGUGAGGUUUCAGAUUCCUCUGUGCGAGUUCUGGAUGCGUUGGUGGUUGCGGGAUUCGACCUUAUGGCAAAUUAUCUUGGUGAACGUGUAAAACGAUUUCUCGGAGCUGGCGAGCUGAUAUUCAACAUUUCGGCGGCUGUCUCACCUGAAAUGAGGAUCACUCUCACAUCCGUAAGGGUCACAGAUUUUGAUGCUGCAUCGUUUGCAUCGAAAAUGAUCGCAAUUCCAGGGAAAGGAAUCGCAUGGAGGGGUUCAAAUCUGAAUGUAACAGUAUUGACAUCGUUCCACCUAAAUACGCCUACAGGAGAAUUAACAGGAUCUUCUCCUCUAUCAUUUGACAGAACAAAUGUCGAAUUACUACUCUGGACUGGUGUAAAUGCUGACGGUCAUUUGAAGACUGACCUCGUCACUUGUAAGGUGGCAGCUAAUAAUGUUGAGCUCACAUUAGCUGCAGCUGAUAAGGCUAUCGCUAAUUAUCUUCCUGUAAUUAUGCAUUUUAUUAAGGAACGAAUUGAACAGGCGAUCUGCCCAUCUUUCCAUGCAGAACUCGUACCGGUUGUUUCGAAUCGUCUAAUGAAUACACCAAUGAGUGCUGCUCUAUUCGAACAUUUCUUUGUGAAUUACGGUUUACUGAGUCCAGUCGAAUAUUCGGAUACUCGAGUAUCAAUGCGACAUCGUGGAAAUGCAUUCGGGAUUCUACGUCAAGGUCGUACCCGCCUUAACGACUUCCGUCUACCAUUUCGAGCUCCACCUCUCGUUGAGGGACCGUCAAGUGACAAAAUGGUCGAUUUUAUCCUGUCAAACUAUACAAUGUCAAGCUUAUUAUUCUGGAUGGACCAAUACAGAAAAUUCGACUACGAGAUCAGUCGAACAGCGCAAAAUAACUCAGCAAUUGCUGGUUACCUGAAAACGGAUUGUCCUGGAGAUGAUAUAUGUGCUGGAACACUAUUUCCAGCUCUUGGACAACGAUUUCCAGGCGGAGAAGUUAUCAUAAAAUCACAUACAAUUUCAUAUCCACGAAUGACGAUAAAUGAUGGGAAUGCGACUAUCUAUAUCGAUUCACGAGUAGAUGCUUUUGUUCAGCAAGGUGAUCGUACCCGUCGAUUCCUCACGUCAGCGAUGGAUGCGGAAGCAAAGUUGGAAAAGUUCACAUUCCGUAACUACGUCUUGAAUGCAGAUAUGCAUAUAGAACGAUUUAAAAUAAGAGAGGUAGCAUCAUUAGUGGACGGUAUCGAUGAAGGUUCACUGGAAUUCCUUGUCAACGCUCUUACUGAGUUGAUAUUGAAUGAGGAUAUGGCAAAAAAAUUGAAAGGAGGUAUACAUUUCCCUAUAAUAUUUGAUUUCGAGCAGACAUCAUCCGAGGUUGUAUUUGAGAAGGAUCGUAUACGUAUAUCAGCUGAUUAUUGUUUUGGUGAUAUUUGUCGAACAGCUACAGUAGCAGAAAAUAAGGAUAACGCGAUCGAUUACUAUGAUGUUGUUCAAGGAUAA